AUGCUGUAAAAAAAAAAUAUAAAUAAAUAAAAAUCCCUCCCCACGGGUAAAUUCGCUUCGGACACCCGCGUAGAAAUGCACACCCGGCGCCUGGUGAAGCGCUCCAUCCUCGGCAGCCGAGUGUACGCGCCGAGCCCGACCGGCGACGGCGCCCCGGUGACCGGGGUGGUCCAGGCCGUCAAGCAGGAGAGCGGCGGCGGGGACGCGGCGGCCGCGGGGGCCCGGCGCGGCGGAAGCGGCGGAGGAAACACCAGCAGCGUCUACACUGUGCUCAUGCCGGACGGCAGCCUGAAGGAGUUCGCCGAGGAGGAGAUAGCCGCCGCCGGCUUGAACCACGCGAAGGGGCCGCUCAAGUCCAGCUUGAAGAGCUCCAUUAACGGCGGCCCAGACGGGCACAAGACGGACGGCACCGAGGCGGCGGCGGCGGAUGGCGACCACCGUGAGACAAACGGCAAACGAGUGGACGCCUGUCGAUCCGUGUCCCUGCUGGAGCAGAAGCGCAAGGUGGUCUCCUCCAGUAUUGACGUCCCCCACGCCAGGCGGUCGGAGGAGGAAGUGGACAUGGACAAGGUGACGGCAGCCAUGGUUCUCACCAGCCUCUCCACCAGCCCGCUGGUCAGGAGUCCGCCCGUCAAAGUCAGCGAGGGCCUGAGCAGCUCGUGGAAGGAGAACGGCUCGGCGGGUCCCUUCACUCCGUCCAGCAACAGCUCGUCGGGCGGCUACUGGAGUUGGUCGGCGCCCAGCGACCAGUCCAACCCGUCCACGCCGUCGCCGCCCCUCUCGGCCGACAGUUUCAAGCCCUUCCGGGUGCCCGGUGGGGUACCCGCUAACGCGGGGCCCGAGGACCCCAGCCUGGAGGAGACGGACGGCAGCAGCCUGCUCUUCGACGAGCCCAUACCGCGCAAGCGCAAGAACUCCAUGAAGGUGAUGUUCAAGUGCCUGUGGAAGAACUGCGGCAAAGUCCUGAGCACCGCCGCCGGUAUCCAGAGGCACAUCCGCACCAUCCACCUGGGCCGGAACUGUGACUCCGACUGUAGCGACGGCGAGGAGGACUUCUACUACACAGAGAUCAAGCUCAACACGGACGCGGUGGCCGAGGGCCUGAGCAGCCAGUCGCCCGUGUCGCCCUCCGUCCUGACCCCGCCUCUGCCUCUGCCGCCGCCCCAGUCGGAUGCCCAGGGGCCACCACCCCUGCCCCCGCCGCCGCCCUGCACCAAGAUGCCUCACUCCGGCAGCGCCACGCCACUCAGCCGCUCUGCACCGAGCGCGCUCUACCUCGUCCACGCCGACCACGCCUACCAGGCCACGGCCCCGGUGUCCAUCCCGUCGAACGGCGCCGCCAACCUGGCGGCCUCGUACAGCUUCACGCCCACCAACGGCUCGGGUUUCAGCAUCUCCUGGCAGUCGCCGCCCAUCACCUUCACCGGCAACACGGUGUCGCCCAGCAAGAGUCAGGGCUUCGCCGAGCAGCGUUCCCAAACCAUCGCCGUCCUCUCGUCGCCGCCCAGAGCCACGGCCACCCUCGGCCGUAAAGUGCGCGGCGAAGGCAAGAAGUGCCGCAAAGUGUACGGGAUGGAGAAUCGCGACAUGUGGUGCACCGCCUGCCGCUGGAAGAAGGCCUGCCAGAGAUUCACCGACUAGAUCGACGUCGGGACCCGCCUGCCAAAAUGGGGCGAGGAGCCUCGUUCUGCAUGCGUUCUCUCUUCAGAUCAAAAUCGCAACUGUUCAUCAAGCUCCCGCUCCGCCCCAAAUGCCAACAUCCCUCCGUUCCAGCAGGUGGCGCCAACUGAGGACGUUCCCCGUCAUUCCCUCUUUUCGGGAAAGUGCAGCUACAAAAACUGUGAAGAAAAAUAGACACAUUUAUGGGGUUCGUUUGUUUCUUUAGUUGUUGUUUUCAACGUUGCUUUCUAUGGUUUUGUAAAGUUUUUAAACCGAACUUCCCAGCGAAGAAAAAAAACGGAAAGUGAUGGAAAAGAAGAACAAACGUCUUUGCUAGCAUUUUUGAGCACGGAGGAACAUCAUGAUGUCUUCAUCUGGUUUUACGUUUUUUUUAAGGAUUUUCCCAAGAAGAUCCAUCGUACAAUUACUUUUUUUUAAACAGAACGUCCUAGUGAAGAAAUGUCCCAAAAAUGAUCCAAACAAAACUUAUUUGCUAGAAUUUACAGGAAAAAUUGGGGAGCCACUUGGUCUUCACGUCUUUGUAAAGUUCUAAACUAUUGUUUUGUCGGAAAUGAUCAGAAGUAAAGAACUUUUUUUUUUUUUAGGGGAAAGUAGGGAACAAAGUAGAGGAACGUUGCGACAUUUUUGUCUCAUUCAUCUCUUGUUUUACAUUUUGAACGUUUUGUAAAGUUCGGCUUUUUUGUUUUUUGGGAAAUUUUCCAGAAGAACAAACAAACUUCUGCGCUAGCAUCUCAAGGAAAAGUCCGGGAACAACGUAAACGUCGUCAUCGCCCGCUUCAUCUUCUUCAUCUCUUGUUUUACUUUUGGAAUGUUUUGUGUAAUGUUUUGACUCUUGUCAAAAAUGGAUCCGGAGCAACGACACAGCUUCAUUUUCUUAUUUCCUUUUUUGACAUUUCAAAUGUUUAUCGCCAGCAUCAUGUCCGCCUUUUUUCAACGAAACCAAGAAAAAUCCCAGAAAGACCUUUUGUUUUGUCCGAAACUAUCCAACAGUAAAACAAACUUUUGCGAGCAUUUUGAAGAAAAAUUGGGGAACAACGUGGAAGAACAAGGUGACGUCAUCUCCUGUUUUAUGUUUUUCAGAAUUUUUCAAAAACAUACGUUUAUUGCCAGCAUCGCAUCCUUUAUAUGUUCUGUAAAGUUCAACGUUCAAGCAAAGAAACGUCCAAAAAGACCAAUUUUUGGGGGUUUGGAAAUUAUUCGAAGGAACAAAUUUCUCGACUAGCAUUUUAAGAAAAAAGUCAGGAAACAAAUGGAGAAGCGUUGCUAUGUUGUCUUCAUCUUUUUUUUCCCCUUUUCAACCAUUUUUGGGAGAAUUAUUUUUCGGGAAGUUCGGCUUUUUAAAACGCAGUGUCGUAGCGAAGAAACAUUUUUUGAACAAACCUCUGUGCUCGAAUUUCUCAGCAAAUGUCGGAGAACAGCGUCGAGGGUCAUUGUGAAAGCUUCACUGUCUUCAUCGCUUGUUUUUCAUUUUCUAACAUUUUUCCAAGAAAAAAAGUUUAUCGCCCCGAGGGAACAUUUUGGACAACAAACUUGGACUGAAUGUUUUUUUUUUUCCCUCCUUUGUUUUAUCAGGUAUUGAAUGAAAAGUUAAAACCAUUCGGUCAUUUUUCGACUUUUUCGUUAAUCUCGCAUGAAAACUUUGCAACCAAAAACUUUUUUGUUUGUUAGCGUUUUGUUACAGUGCCAUGUUUACACUUGUUGAUGUUUCUUCUUCGGUGAAACCAAGACAGACCGCCGAAAAAGCAAAAAAAUAACAACUUCCUGUAAAAAGUACCCCAGCCCUCCUCUGAAAAAUCUUUUUUCUUCUUAUUUUUUUUUUUACACAUUUUGAUGCUAGCAUGCUAAGCAAAGAGGAGGGCCUCAAAUCAAAAGCGAGGCACUUAAACGGAGCACUUGGUAAAUUUUUGUCCGUGCCUAAAUGUCGCUUCCAUUUUAUGACUACAUGUAGAUGUAACAAACGGGAAGAACUUUGGAAGUUUCCUAGCUAGGUGUAAAAAGCACUUAACUGAUUAGGUCACUGUUUUAGCUUGCUUUAAUCGUUAAAUGUUUAUCAUUAUUUGGAUUACACUGUAUUUUGUUUUCCAUUGUUGCUAGUUGACGGGAAAACAUCGUAAAGCCCCAAAAACCUUCAUAGAUUUCUACUUUUUUUGCGACGUUACUAAUACUGAUAGAUUUUUUUUCCUCGCCACUUUUUAAUCUUAUUUUCGCUUUUUUUGUUUUGCUUGCCAUGAAAAUGUCGCUAACGUAUAAGUAUUUGUCGUACGGUUUGCUUGUUUACGACCUCCUUAAGCACGACCUGUCCGACGCCGGCCUUUAAAGUCGCUUCCGUUAAAUAACAAUAGUAAAAAUCGUUAUGCUUCUUCCGUGCAAUUCUGUCCAAAAAAAAAUAUUAGCUGCAGUAUUGUUUGAGAGACAUCUAUUUAUCAACAAAUGUUGGGAUUUAACAAAAAUGAUUAAAACAAAUUUAACAUUUUGUUUUUUGAUUUUGAUGCUUUCCAUAAAAAUAUAUACUGUAUCCUAUUUUAAUAUUUGUUGUUUUUGUUUUCAUGUUCUUGCUAGCUUGAUUGACAGCUUAAAGGUGGCCCCGGUUAAACGUUGGUGGGCUGAAACCGGGCCACGGUGCUAUGUUACCAACUAACCAGCUAGCAGCUCAAAUCCAAUUCACAUACUUGGACUGUAAAAACAACCGUACGCCAUCUUGUUAAGAUGGAGGUGCUAUUCCCGCCAUUGGCUGCCAUCUUGUACGAAUUGUUGUUGCUGUAGAACAUGAAAAUAAAAAACACCUGACUCAAAAUCUAACGAGUGUACCCAGCUUGGCGUUACCUCCGCCAAGUUCGAAAUGUAUCGUUUUGAUUGACUUUUUUUGUUUGUUUGUUUUUGUCGAAGCAGGAGUUUAGAAUUUUCAGAGAGAAGUUUAAAAAAAAAAAAAAAGAAAAACAUUCUCCUUAGUUAAGUUACAUUCAAUUGCAGUCAAAUGCCCAAUCGCUAGUUUGCUGGUUGCUAGCUAGCUUACAGGGUUACGCGAAAACUACCUAACCGAUUUUUACAACAUUUUACGGUAGGGUGACGUUCUUUUCUAUUGUGAAGCCAUUCAAUUUUGGUGAGCAUCCGAACAAAGAUGUGCACACGAUAAUUUGUUUUAACAUUUUGUUGGUUGAUUUGUGAUUUUGAUCAGACUCAGCGGAAGGGUGAAGCAAAUUUAAUGUAGCUCAUGUUAGCUAAACGCGCUGGGUUUUCAUAUUCUCCAAAUGAGUGUACGAAAUCUCAAGACUAGCUCGUCAGCAGGCCUUUACUGUCAUGCUAGUUUUACGAAAAUUAGGGCAUCGAUUAAAACAUUAUCUUCGUCACCAACAAGGUUUCCGAAUUCCCAGCCUAUUUUAUUUGCAGAAAAUAUUUCAGUCAAAUGCCCAAUAGAUUUUGUUGUUGUUGUUGUUCAUUAGUUAGCUCGCAGGACUACACUAAAACUACCUAACUGAUUUUGACCACAUUUGACAGUAGUUCCUAGCGUGAAGCCGUUCAAUUUUGGUGAGGAUCUGAAGACAAGGUGCGCGCACAUUUUUUUCUCCCACUUUUUGACAUUUUAUUUACGAUCUCGGAAAUCCGGUGUGUUGAUUUGGAUCCGUAUUCUAAAUCUUUUUGUAACAAUCGAGUCAAAAACAACGAAAUUGAACGCAAAGUGUUAUGACACGAUUAGUCCAACUUUUCAUAUUGCUCUAGAUCCUGAAUGAAAAUUUCUGACAGAUUUUAUUGGGAUUUCAAAUUUCAGAUUCUUGGUUCAAAAAUAUGCUAAUUUUUUUGUGUGUUUGUUUUUUGUACUGCAUUUAUUCAUCGGAUGGUCAAUGGCGUGUACAACAGGAAGUUAUAGAUUUAAGCUAUCUAUGCUUGUCUCCAUGGCAACCACGUUGCCAAACAGCUUGGAGGUGGGGCUUGUGGCUAUUCCCGCAUUAACGUUAGCAAUGUUAGCUAACGUAAAUACCAGAUUCCCGAAUGUGCCUUGAUUGAACUUCUGGAUUGCAAGUCUCUGGGAAGCAGAGGGAAUGUUUCCGGGUUGAGAUUUUUCUUUUUUUUUUCUUUUGAAAGACUUUGCGACUUUUUUUUCUGUGUUGUUAUCUACGAUGCCGUUUGUUGUUUCUUAUUUUUAAAUUGACUUCCAGUUUUUUUUUUUGUUUGUUUACCCUUCUGGACAAGGGCUUGUACAUAAUUCUGAUGUCCGUGUCAUGAUGCGGUGAUUUAGUUUUUUUUUGGGGGGGUAGGAGGGUGGCGGGGUUGUUGGACAAAUCACAGAAAGCCUCACAGCAUGUGAAACAGCCAAUCAGAUCGUCCGCUUUAAAAGCGCGGCCGUGAAGGACGAUAGCGCCGUAACGUCGGACAUUUGUUUGUUUGUUUGCAGCUUGUGAAUAUGCAACCGGGACGAUCUCAUUGGUUAACUCUACAAUCACGACCUCAAGAAUUCAACACACACACACAUGUGGUGUAAAUACGCUAACAAUUUCAAUUCUUUCAUAAGAAUUGCCUAUGUCGCAUGUGCAUGAUAAUACGUUGAAAUGAGUUAAAAAAAAAAAUAACUUGGUGUCGUCCAUGUUCUGGAUUCAAGAGCAGUGUCACACAGAAUCUUUCGAAAAUCUUUGCCAAGUGAAGAUUUUUUUAUUUACAACCAAAUCACUUUCGUACAGUUGCUAACAUUUUGUAAAUGAAAAACAUCAACAAAUAGCAUUUUUUUCCCCAGAUGAAAUCACAAAAAUAAGUCAAAGUUCAAUGUAGUACGAAAUCUUGCUUCCAUCCUGCAAAACAAAUAUUAUUAGAGUAGGUUAGCUUAGCAUACCAUAGAAACAUUUUGUUCAUUUGUCAGUAUGUAGGUCAUAAAUCUUCCAUUUUCGUCCCUUGAAAACAAUAAUCAGCAAAUUUGCUAGUUUAGCUUAGCAUAGACAGAAUUGUUAUUUUGUUCAUUUAUUGGUAAAGCAUAAACUUCGUGUUCCAAAAUCUUUUGUUUCCAUCCUUCAAAACAAACAUGAGCUAACAAAAUGUGAGAAUAGGUUAGCAUAGCAUAGAUACGUUUUUAUUUUUUUUUAUUUUUAGGUAAGACAUAAACAUCAUUUACCAAAUCUUUCCCCAUUUCCAUUUGUACUGGUUUCCAUCCCUAAAAACAAGCAUUUGUAAACAUUAUGCUAUCAUAGGUUAGCAUAGAGAGAAUUGUGUGUGUGUUUUUUAUUUUUUUAUUUGGGGGACAUAAAACGUGAAUUGGUGACAUUUUGAUGAGUUUUCGUCAAAACAAAGACUCGGCGUUCGCAAGGCUAGCGCUAAGGCUGUAACAGGCUAUACACUAACAACUCCAGUUGCCUAUAUUUUACUUUAGGACAUAAACGUGAAAAAUGAUUCUUCAUAGCUUUUUCUUUAGUUGCCAUCAAGUCAGAAUUAAGAUGUUUCAAGCUAACAGUGGCGGUUUAGCAAUUAUUUUAAACGUGAAUAGAUAGUGCUAUCAAUCUUGGCAUAAAGACAAUUGUGGCAGCUAUGCUUGCGUUAAAUUCACGUAAAAAAAAUAAAGCCGCUUUGAAAUUUUACAUUUUUAUUUUACUGUGGGUUGAAUAAUUUAGGUAAGAAGCUAGUGCAGCAGUUAGCAUUUGUGUAUGUUAAUUUGAAAAAAAAAACUAAAAUCAUAUCUAGUCUUUUUUGCUAUUAGUGAAGAAAAUUGACAACAUUCCCACAUUUGGCUCAACAGUGUGCAACUUUAGCUGCUUAGCAUAGCUUUAUGCUCUUUUUCCUGUAUUAUUUUAUUAUUAUGUUUUGCAUUUGGACCACAAGAGCAUGACCACUUGCGUGAUUUAAAAAAGAACAUAUAUUCCUACGGACACAAAUCGACAUAAAUCUUUAUGCGCGUCAAAGCUAAGCUAGCAGGAGUCAUUUCCAAGCUUUUCUUGAUUCGUUUUUAUGAACCGCUCCACUUAAAGCACUUAUAAACAAAACAUGUAUAUAUCAGAGUAUAUAUGAUAUAUCUCAAAUAGUACUCUAUUGCACCCAGGUUGUUUUUUUUUUUUUAUUAUCAUGAUCAGAUUAAAUAUAAAGAUGAAUCCGUACACUGACUGUUAAUUCCUGUCAUACCUUUACUUUGUAUCUUUUCUUUAUAUAUAUAUAUAUAUAUAUAUAUAUAUAGUAUUAUACCUGUAUAAAUGUGUUUACUGACACUUCCGUUGGUUCUGGUGCUGUUGUUGUUUGCUGUUUGUACAAUUUUUUUGUUUAGUUUUUUUUAAAUCCACGUGACGUCACAGCUGUGGAGAUUUUAACAAAAUAAAAAAAAGAAAGUUUG